AUGGGGAUCACAAUCCAUGUGAAGUCCGGACAAAAUAAAUGGGAUGUCUCGGUGGAGCCUUCGAGCAGCGUUGCCGAGUUAAAAGAAGCGAUCUCCAAGGUGUCUGAGAUCCCAGCGGAGAACCAAAGACUGAUCUUCUCCGGCAAGAUAUUAAAGGACGACCAGAGCGUUGAGUCAUACAAAAUUGAGGAUGGGCAUGCAAUCCAUCUGGUAAAGUCAGGUGGCGCCAAGCCAGCUGCUAGCGGAAGCGGCAGUUCGGCCACGGAGGCAGCUCCUUCGAGCGCUAGCGCACAGGCCACGCCUUCCGUACCCUCCAACCUUUCGUCGGGCCAAACCGGUGGCUUCAAUCCACUAGCCGAUCUAACUAGUGCUCGCUAUGCUGGGUUCUUGAACCUGCCUUCUGCUGACACAUUUGGCCCUGACGGCGGUCUCAACAAUGCCCCCAACUCGGAUGACAUGUUGCGCAUGCUCGAGAAUCCUGUGAUGCAAUCUCAGAUGAACGAAAUGCUAAGCAAUCCACAAAUGAUCGACUUCUUGAUCCAACAGAGCCCACAAUUGCAAAACAUGGGACCUCAGGCGCGCCAGCUGUUACAGAGCCCUUUCUUUAGACAAAUGAUGACCAACCCAGACAUGAUAAGGCAAAGCAUGCAAUUCGCCAAUAUGUUUGGCGGUGCAGAGGGUGGCGCCGAUGUAAACUCGUUCCCAGCCCCUGGUUCAGCCACUGGGGCUCCUGCAUCUUCUGAUGCAACGGAAUCUGCGACCGAGAAUCGUGAUUCAAAUGUUAACCCACAAGUUCCUCCUGCCAAUCCAUUUGCAUCUCUGCUCAACCCUCAGGCAGGCAAUCUCCAAGGCAACCCAUUUGCAUCUAUGUUCGGACAAGGUGCUUCUGACUCCAACUCAAGUCAAGCACCAGCUUUCGACCCUACACUACUGUCUUCCUUGCUAGGCAGUACUUCUUCAGCUGCUCAGCCGCAGGACAACAGACCACCGGAGGAGCGUUACGAGCAACAACUAAGACAAUUGAAUGAUAUGGGCUUUUUCGAGUUCGACAGAAAUGUUGCGGCUCUCAGGCGUAGUGGUGGCUCUGUUCAAGGAGCUCUAGAUGCUUUGUUGAAUGGUGAUGUAUAG